ACUUGUGCUCUCUUUAGCCACCAAAGCAUGGAUUUGAAGCAGUUUUUCUUUACUACUACUUAUUACCACGAUAUCGAAAUAGAGGUAAACUCGUAAUGACUACCAGCACUAACCCAACGUCCAUGCAAGCAUCGCCAAGCCCACCGCCUCCACCCCAUCGAUACGAUCGCCAAAUUCAAUCCCCACCCAGCAAUGACACAUCACAUCCACCCAAGCUCCCAGCCAACGCAGUUCCGCAUCCGUCGCGCUCCGGCCGGCUUGCUCCAGAGCGCGAGCGAGCAGGACUGACAAAGCAAUACCUCGCGCCCACGAUUGCCGCAUCACGGGCGCCCGAUCGGUGCCGACAAAGUCGGUCGUCAUGAACUCUGUUUUUCGGUGAUAGCAGUCCCUCUGCCAUCGAAUGGGCAAUCGGAAAUAUCGGAGCCAAUAAGCUUUUUUUUUGAGCUGCAGGAUUGGAGUGUGCGGGCGGUCGCGCGUCAGGGUCCGGCGUUGCGUGCUGAAAGUCGAUGAUGCUUGUGAUGAUGUCAGCGA